AUGGCCUGUGAUGCGUACUAUUUGGAGCAUAAUGUUUUGCACCCACCGGAGGACCGUUGCUCGCUUCGAGAGAUCGGGGCGCGAACUGCACGAGAAGUCGCCAUUGUUGGGAUGUCGACAACAUUCUUUGGCGUUGCGAAUUUACUGGUCGCUACGUGGUGUAUCAAGAAGCUAGGUGUGAAGCAAGCACUGCUGAUACAGAUCUUCUGGCCAGCCGUGAGACUUGCGAUACAGAAUUUGGGCGCGAUGACCGGUGGCAGCAAAGGCAUCCUCAUCUUUCAGGCGAGUCAGAUUAUCACCAUCAUUGGAGGUCCUAACGGCUAUGUCCUUGCGUUGAACUCGUUUGUGACAGAAAUCGUCAACCCGGAAGAACGGACGGGAGCUUUGGGUCAGAUCCAAGGCUAUAUGAUGAUUGGCUCAGCUAUUGGAUUUCUCGUUGGAGGCGUUCUUGGAGAUGCAUUCGGCAUCCUGGCACCCUUUCGCAUUACGCUCCUCCUUUUUUUGCUGUGUUGCGUAUACGUCGCGAUCGCCUUACCGGUGUUACCGCGAGCCGACCCAAACAAUACAGACACGAGGCAGAAGUCUGUAGGACUGAUGCGCUUCUUUGGACCGCUACGGAUUUUCACUCCUCAGAAGUGGACACUGAAAGACGGACGGACAAGCACGCAGUUUGGUGCAUUAAUGUUGGGUAUCGGCGUAUUCCUGGCUAUUCUCGCAACAGGUUACCUCGUUACCCUGCUGCAGAUGUAUGCCACUACUGCAUUUGGAUUUGGCACUUCAGCCAACGGCUACUUGAUCUUCAUGUACUCAUCACUGCGAGGACUGUACCUAUCUCUCGCAUUUCCGCGCAUCAUCAAAAUCGGACGCAAGUGGCUGCAGCCUCCGACCAGCGAAUCAUCCAAGAUCGAGACGGCCGCAUCAGAGCCUGUUGGAACAUCGGCUAGCGAGAUUGAGAUUGCGGAUUCCAUGGACGCGGAGACUGAGCCGCUCAACCCGCCACAGCGAGAGAAUGAGGAGGAAACCUUUGCAUUCGAUUUACUGUAUGCGCGAUGCAGCCUGCUCGUGGAUGGUAUCUUAACCGGCCUCUGUGUCUUCGUCUCGGAAGGAUGGCAGAUGUAUAUGGUAGCUGUGGUAUUGCCACUUGCAGCAGGCACAGGAUCCGCAUCGAAGGGCAGCAUACUUCAGAUGAUUGCGAGCAAAGACCGUGUAGAUGCCUUGAGUGGUAUCACGCUUGUGGAGAACGUGGCAAGGCUGUCGACUAUAUCCGUCUUCGGGUUCGUGUUUGCGGCACUGGCAGAAGUCGGAAAGACGCAUCUUGUAUUCGUGUGCAACGCGGGAGUUGCUCUUAUAGGAUUUAUCGCCCUACUGUUCUCACGUUUUCCGCCUGAUGGGGCAAGAAGGAUCGAUAUCUAA